GGUGAGGGUGGAGGGAUGAUGAUGCAGCAGCGUGUGAAGAGGGUGGGGGCUGCACAGGAGGGAGAAAGCUACUUCCCUCUUGCAGGAGGACACCGUCUCAUCUUCAUCAUCGUCAUCAUGCCGGACUCCUGGAUGCAUCUCUGCUCUCUUGUGCUCCUGCUCUCCUGCACACACAUCAACGCAAAGACAGUUGGCCAAACCUCGUCUCCGGCGGAACCUGUCGGCCAGCUCCCCGCGGACGUGCGCAGCGUCGUCCUCAAAGGUCGAAGUUACACCGAUCACGUGGAGGUGUCGAGCCCAAUUAACCUGACGCUCCAGUGCACCUGGACCGGGAGUGGCAGCAAAGUGGACAACGUAACGGGAUACUGGAGCAAAGAUGGAGAAGAUAUCGACAACAGUCACACCACAUUGCGGCCUGAGAACCAACAGUUUAAUCUUCAAAGAAUGUUCACUAUUAAAGAUGAAGAAAGCCUGGGAAAAUACUCCUGCAUGUUUGGGAAUGAGGCGAAGAUCGAUUUUGUUUUGGCAGUGCCGCAGAUCAGCGACGUGCGCGACAAACCCAUCAUUAGCUACGUGGGCGAUUCUGUGGUGAUGGUGUGCAAGAUGGACGACGCCAAGCCGAGUCCUAAAACCUGGUUGUGGUUCAAAGUCAACCACACGGAAAAGGAGGAGAUUGACGCCACAGCGGAGCCCCAGAGGUACGAAAUCAAAAUGGACGGCAAGGUGACCAAACUCCUGGUGCACAAUCUGACCCACCUGGACUCCGGGUUGUUUCACUGCGGCGCCGUCUACGCCAUCAGCACCGCCAUGAGCCAUGUGGAGCUAAAGGUGAUCACCAUUUACGAGCCGCUGAAGCCGUUUGUUGCCAUCGUGGUGGAGGUGCUCGUCUUGGUGGCCGUCAUUCUGAUGUUUGAGAGGAGUCUGGCCAAGAAGCGCAAGGCAGCAGCCUCAGGGAACCAUGUAGGAGACACCGAGCACGCUACCAACGCGCCCGCUGCCACCACCACCACCACCACCACCACCACGCCGCAGGCAGAAGCCAACGGACUGGAGGAGACCACCUCCACCAGGCAACGCAAAAUGUGAAGUCUCAGACACGGUAUCGAACAAAACACUCAGCAAUAGUUGAUGUUCAUCCAAACAUUUUGCAUCUUACAUUAGAAAUGAACGGCGAGAAGCAAUAAUCUCUUUAAUAUUCAUCCAGAAGGAAUCUCGCCUCUUUCCACUUCCUGUUCAGGUGCUAAAAUGUGAGCCUGAAUACGUAAAUCCUUGAUUUUUAGAUAUCAAAGUUUGGAGACACUUUCUCAGCAGGUGCAAAAUUGUCCACAAACUUUUGACUGGUACAACAGUAUUAUAUAAAUAUGUUAUUAACCCCACCUUAAUGAGCAAAUAAUAGAAUAUUCAUGCAAUAUUAGCUGUUUUUGUAUUGGAGUGUGCCAACAUAAUCAUGCUUGUAUGACUUUAAUCAUGUCACAUGAAGUAUAUCUACAUGUCACCUGGCUGCUUAAAAUAAAAGUCAACGGUUGUCCA